GACAGAGAGAGACUUGUGACACCUUACACCCAUGGCUGCCAAACACAUGUUUGGGAUUUUUUUUCUUUAUAUACACAGAAGAAAGAUCAAAACAUAUCACUUGCAGAGUUUUCUUAAAGAAAAUAAACAUAAACAUGAUAACUUUUGAGGAAAGCUCUGAUUUGGAGGUUAUACACAAGCAUCUCUUUGAGGACUUGAUGAUCCCUGAUGGUUUCAUGGAGGAUUUUGUAUUUGAUGAUGCUGCUUUUGUCACAGGACUCUUGUCUCUAGAACCCUUUAACCCAGUUCCUAAACAAGAGCCUAAUUCACCGGUUCUUGAUCCAGAUUCCUGUGUCCAAGAGUUUCUACAAAUUGAAGCAGAAUCAUCAUCAUCAUCAACAACUACAACAUCACCUGAGGCUGAGACAGUCUCAAACCGAAAAAGACCAAAGAGGGUCGAAGAGACGAGACACUACAGAGGCGUGAGAAGAAGACCAUGGGGGAAAUUUGCAGCAGAGAUUCGAGAUCCGGCCAAGAAAGGAUCUAGGAUGUGGCUAGGCACAUUUGAGACUGAUAUUGAUGCUGCAAGAGCUUAUGACUACACAGCUUUUAAGCUCAGGGGAAGAAAAGCUGUGCUCAACUUUCCUUUGGAUGCUGGUAAGUAUGAUGCUCCGAUCAAUUCUUGCCGAAAGAGGAGAAGAAACGAUGUACCAGAGCCUCAAGGAACAACUACUAGUAAUUCAUCAUCUUCAUCAAACUAAUGGGACUAGUCAUGCUUAAGUUUGAUUAAUGUAGAUAAAUAUCUAAGUAUGGGAAGCAUCAUGUAUAGAGCCAAGAAAAUAUUAGAUUAGUGUAGUGAAUAAGUGUUGCAAAAUAUGUACUAAAGAGUUCUUGUAAUAAUGGAACUUAUGUCUUGUCCCA